AUGGAUUCUCCACUUAACACCACGAUCGGUGUUCGUAUGAACGCCUAUCUCACCAGUCCCGACGAUUUCCGCAAGCAGAGAAAGAGAAUCAACAAAAGAAUCGCAAAAUUACGUCAUGAUUUGGGUCUUGUGACAAGAGAUACCAAGCAAUACAAGACUAAGGAGAAAACCUCGGGAAUCACCGUCCAGGACUACGAAAAGGAUCCCAAUUACGGAUUAGUGUUGUUGUUGACAGCCGAGAGAGAUGUGUUGUACGCGUUGGAGAUCAAGAACACGCUCGAGAUCAGCAACGAGCAUGGAGCAGGCCAGAAGAACUUGAUGGUCAGCAGACUCAAAAAGGCAUUGAACACCUCCAAGAAGAUCUUGGAAUUGGCCCAGAACGAAGCUUCAGCUUUGGUUAGGAUCGAAUUGUACAUUUUCGCUGCGUUGAUCCAGGGCCAGUUGUCGGUGACCAAGAAGCAGUGGGAGCUGGCCAGAACCUCGUACUCUAUAGCGAGGGUAGGUCUCGAGUUCUGGACCGCUGUCCAGAAGGAAGGCGAGAAGGAGUUCCAGGGCGAAGAUGUGUUCGAAGCAGCAGAAACCCUCGAGAAGGAGUUGGUUGAUAACGUCAUUGAUCCAUCGUUGAACUUGGCACUUUCUCAAAUGGAUGCCAGGGCUGUGGAUAUCAAAAGUGUUUCCAGAAAGCACUGCCACGAUGAAAACUUACCAUACUUGUCCCCUACCAUUUCCAUCAUAAAAGCACAAAAGCCAGACUUGGUUUCAGAAAUAUCGUCGACCGAAUUGAUCGACUCCAUUGAAUGGAGAGGACACGAAGCUCAGAUCUACAACGACGAAGUUGCUUACAACAUCAUGGCUUUGCUCAAGACUGACGAAAACACCGACUACGACAUUUUGGGAACUAACUGGUCCAAUGUGUUGGAUAUCCAUAGCCAAGAUAUCGAGAGAAAUAACGAUGAAGAUGACAUGGAAAAGAGUCAGAACAGAGCCAUUUUGCUCACUUACAUUAAGUACAACUUGCUCUUCGCCAGUAUGAAGAGAGACUUGCUCAUUAUCGAUGACAUCACCUCUUCCAAGACCUACAGAAACGUGGUUCCAUUCUACGACAACAUCAUAACCAUCACCCAAGACUUGAAGGAAUUGCCGGGUGUGUAUAAUGACGAAGAGUUGCAUCAGUCGCUUGAGGACUUGGAGAAGUACUUCAACGCCAAGAAGUGUAUCUAUGUUGCCAACCUUUACAUCGCCACCAACAAGUACGCGGAAGCUUUGACCAUAUACCUGAGCUUGAAGGAUGACUUCAUCACUGAAGAACAAUUCACCAAGUUUGAAGAAUUCCCCUACAAUAUCACAUCCAACAUCGACUUCGAGAAAUACGCGCAAGACUUCAACGCCAAGUUCUUGCACGCACAUGCAUUGGCCCACAAUGCCCUUGAAUCUAAAGACAUCGGCUCGAUCGUCGAGAAUUCGAACAAGUUCCAGACUGGCUUGGAGCUUGUGGACUUGGCUACUCCUCCAAAGAUUCACUCGAUUUUAAGCAAGCCUGUAUUGUUUGAUAUCAGUUACAACUAUAUCAAUUAUGACUUGGGACGUUCCUCCUCUGCUGCACCAGUUUCGACAAGUCCAGCUCCACAAACAAGUGCUGAAGAUCAAGAUGGCAAGAAGCGUGGUGCCACCGUAUCCAUGAAAAAACAGGGCCUGUUGGUGACACUCGUGUUCUGCGUUGCAGGGUUGUACGGAUCCUUUUUGUCCUGGUCCGUGUUGCAGGAGAGGAUCAACACCAAGCCUUAUGGUAUCGACGGCUCGUACGAGCCUGAAUAUUUCAAGGCUCCGUUGGUGGUGAACAUCGUCCAGGCGCUCUUUGCCAGCAUCAUCGGCCUUGUGUACUCCAGUGCGACCCACGGCAAUCCAUUCCUCAUAUUCACCAACCAGAAACUGAUCUCGUUGCAGUACUUCAAGUGGUUUCUUCUCAUUAGCAUCACCUCCAGCUUGUCGUCGCCAUUGGGAUACGAGUCGCUCAAGCAUGUCGACUACCUUGCGUACCUCUUGGCCAAGUCAUGCAAGCUCAUUCCCGUGAUGUUGGUCCAUCUGGUGAUGUACGGCACCCGAUUCCCUGUGUUCAAGUACGUAGUAGCAGGGUUGGUGACGGCAGGAGUGGCAGUUUUCACCUCCAGCCACACCUCGCUGAAGACCAGUAUCAAUGACGGCAAGACUGGGUUGGGUAUGGCCCAGUUGAUCGGCUCUAUGGUAUUGGACGGUCUCACCAACCUGACCCAAGACCAGUUGUUCAAGUCCCAACAGGGCACCCACAGAGUCACAGGUGCCAGCUUGAUGUGCAUCUUGAAUUUAUUCGUAUUCGUGUUGACUGCAGCCUACACAGCCGUUUUCAAGAGCUCGGAGCUCACCUACACUCUUGACUUUGUGCACAAGUAUCCCGAGGUGUUGACCAACAUCUUGGCGUUUGCGGUGUUCGGGUCGGUGGGCCAGGUAUUUGUUUUUGUGAUCUUGGAGAAGUUCGACUCAUUGGUGCUCAUCACUGCCACGGUGACCAGAAAGAUGUUGAGCAUGAUUUUGAGUGUGGUUUUGUUUGGCCACAAUUUAACGGGAGUCCAGUGGUUGGGCGUGGGAUUGGUGUUCGGCGGCGUAGGGUUCGAGGGAGUUAAGAAGGCCCAGGGACCAUCGGUGAAGCCCAAGAAGGAGUAGCCAGGGAGAUAGAUAGGCAAUGCAUGGUGCGUAGCGAGACUAGAGUAAAUCUUCCCCCUCGCAUAGAUUCAAAGAUAUCAAAAUAGUCACAAUAAAAAAGGGAGGAUACCAAAACCUUUACUAUAUAGAGUUGCAGAUUCCAAAGUAUUGACAAUAAAUUAAACCUUAC